CCUACUGCCUUCAUCGAAUGGUACGACCCGGCCCCAGCUCUGCUCCCCUCUUCCUCUCCAGAGAAACCGAGGAUCCCAAAGGGGAGGGGAGAGAGGGGAGAGCCGCUCCUCCAUCACGUGAUAGGGAGUGACCUCGCUCCUGGACCCUAUGGGGGCUUCUGACCCGGAAGUGGCGCCUUGGAUUCGCUGCGGCUCCAGGGGGAUGGUGGGAGCGCGACCGGGAGCAGGGGCGGCCGAGCCGGGAGCUCCGCUGGGGGCUGGAGUAUGGGGGUCCCAGCCCCCGCGGCCGCCCCAGUCCUCGUCCCGGGGCGUGGAGGCAGCGGCCGUGGCGACCCUGGGAAGCGGGGAUAGCUCCGCGACCACCGAGGCCCUGUUCCUGGCGUUGGGGGCCGGAGUGACUGCGCUGAGCCACCCGCUGUUCUACGUGAAGUUGCUCAUUCAGGUUGGGCAUGAACCACUGCCUCCCACCGUAGGGACCAAUGUGUUGGGGAGGAAGGUCUUCUACUUACCCAAUUUCUUCACCUAUGCCAGACACAUUGUGCAAGUGGAUGGAAAGAAGGGACUGUUCCGAGGCCUGAGCCCAAGGCUCAUGUCUAGUGCCAUCUCCACCCUCUCCCGGGGCAGCGUGAAAAAGGCCUUCCCUUUGGAGGAAUUAGAACAUGUGUCCAACAAGGAUGAUGUGAAGACAUCGCUGAGGAAGGUGGUGAAAGAGACUUCCCAUGAGAUGGUGAUACAGUGUGUGUCCAGGGUGCUCUCUCACCCCCUGCAUGUCAUCUCGAUGCGCUGUAUGGUCCAGUUCGUGGGGCGGGAGGUCAAAUACAGUGGUGUGCUGAGCUCCAUUGGGAAGAUUUUCAGAGAAGAAGGGCUGCUGGGGUUCUUUGUGGGCUUGAUACCUCACCUCCUGGGAGAUGUCGUCUUCCUGUGGGGCUGUAAUCUCCUGGCUCACUUCAUCAAUGCCUACCUGGUGGAUGACAGUUUCAGCCAAGCACUGGCAGUUCGGAGUUACACCAAGUUUGUAAUGGGGAUUGCAGUGAGCAUGCUGACCUACCCUUUCCUCUUGGUUGGUGACCUCAUGGCUGUUAACAACUGUGGGUUGCUGGCGGGCCUCCCUCCCUAUUCCCCCGUGUUCAAGUCCUGGCUUCAUUGUUGGAGAUGUCUGAGCAUGCAGGGCCAGCUCUUCCGGGGAUCAAGCCUGCUUUUCCGCAGAAUCUCAGCAGCAUCAAGCCUCUCCAUUGAUUAAAUCAGAAUAACUUAAUUAUAGUAACAAACACCAUCUCCACCCAGCUCAAGUGAGGGCCUCUUCAUUGGGUUCCCUUGGAAGAUAACUGACUAUGUAAUACAAUAGGGUUUGGGUGUUCACCAUUCUGAUGGUAUUAGUUGUCCCUCAGUUGUGCAGACGGGGUGUGGGGUGUCAGAAAUUGGGAAGUGGGGUUUGGGGAUAGUCUGAACAAGUCCUUACUCUAUACUGAUUCUGAAUUAAGAAGUUCUAAGACUGUUUCGGGGAGCGGGACAAGGGACAUUGGAGCAAUUUCUGGUAAACUUCCCAGAAGUAUUGCAAAUGAAGUGAAAAGUAUUAAUUAAUAUGCGCACAUAGGCUUACUCCAUCACACCACAGCCAGGGUGGCAGCAGAUUUGCCCUGUUGUCUGAAACUUAGGCAGAGAACAGAUGAGCGAGUCUCUGCUCUGCUUGGUUUUGUAACAUAAUAAAUAAUAAUAGCAAUAGCUCAAAUUUGUAUAGCCUUUAAAUGUUUACAGAACAUAUCCCCCAUAACAGCCCGGGAAGCGGGGGGAAUGACAACCUAUUUUAAUGAAUACUCUUAAAUCACUUAAAUCUGUUGAUUAAUAAAGCUUGUGUAAUGCACUAAAGUUCCCAGAGCACUUUACAUAGAUUCUCAACAGCCCUAAGGUGGGCAGAAUUUUUUAAUCCCAUUUUCCAGACGAGGAAACUGAGGCUCAGCAAAAUUGUCUUGCCUAAGAUCCCAUACUAGUAAGUGACAGAUCUGAGACUUGAACCCAAAUGUUCUCUUAGGUAAGGGCUCUUUCCAUUUUGCGUCCUGGCUUUCCUAAUAUAGACACAAUAAAUUAAAAAAAAAAGAAACUCUUUAAAGUGA